AUGAUCAACUUUUUCGGCACAAAGAGUGUUGAGUCGCAAGCACAAAACAAUGACCAAGGCCGGCUGGACGGUACCAAACCUCCUCCAUUACAAUUACAGCAGCAGAAUAUGCAAUCGAAUGGUCUUUUUCCAAGCUUCACUGCCCAAACUGCAACCCCUACCACGGCUCUGUGUGACAAUUCCUACGCCAUGGGUACUACCGGGCUUGCGUCAAACCAACCGGAAACUGCCCUUACGCAGAUGAAGUCCAUGAGCAGUCAAUCAGAACUACACUUGCAGGCUAUGAAGUUUCCAGACCAACAGCAACAAGACAUACCGUCAUUGCGACCAGCAUCUGCUAAUGGUAACGUCAAGACGUUUCCCCAGCUAUCGCAACAGGCUAACCAGCACGUACCGUCUGCAGGAUCAUCGAACGGAAGUACUACGGAGCAACGCGAUGCCAUCUCAAGCCUGGAUUCUGAUCCAGCCGAAACAGGCAUCCCCAGAGGAAGGCUUGAGGUUACGAUAGCAGAGGCUCAGGGUCUUCUAACUCGAUCAAGCCAAUCACAACCAUAUGUGGUUUGCACUUUCGAAAGUUCCGAGUUUAUUUCUGAGGGUCCUGAGUCAGUAGACAACAAACCCGUCACUCACAAUACAAUCAGUGGAUGGACAAAUGAACUUCCAGCAAUUGCUGAAAAACACAAGAAGCCUUUAUACACCCGCCAAUCGUCUUCUCAACUUGACAAGCUGAACAGCCAGUCAGUCGCUACUAACAAUAAUUGUUCAAACCCCAUAUGGCACCACGAAACUACUUUUGAUGUCCUGGGAGCCCACUCAGAGCUUGAUAUUUCUGUUUAUGAUGCGGCUCAUGACGAUAUGUUUCUAGGACAAGUACGUCUACGCCCUGACCUCCACACGAGCUCACUGUCGAAACACGAGCAGUGGUACAAGCUGCAGAGUAGAAUUGUUGGUGAAAGCGUAGCUGGGCUCAUCCGGGUGAAGUGGCAUUUUAAAUCGACUAAGAAACGUCAGUACGGUCCACAAGACUUCGAAGUACUGAGACUUUUGGGUAAGGGCACCUUCGGCCAGGUAUAUCAAGUUCGCAAGAAAGAUACCAAGAGAAUUUAUGCAAUGAAAGUGCUGUCCAAAAAAGUAAUUGUCAAGAAGAAUGAGAUAGCGCAUACUAUCGGCGAAAGGAAUAUUUUGGUACGUACCGCUUCCAAAUCGUGCCCAUUCAUAGUUGGGCUUAAGUUUUCCUUCCAAACGUUGGCUGAUCUUUACUUAGUGACUGAUUUCAUGAGCGGUGGUGAACUUUUCUGGCACUUGCAGAAAGAGGGUAGGUUUACAGAAGACCGCGCCAAGUUUUAUAUUGCAGAAUUGGUGCUAGCUUUGGAAUAUCUGCAUGAAAAUGAUAUUGUUUACCGUGAUCUCAAACCCGAAAACAUUUUAUUGGAUGCUAACGGUAACAUCGCUCUAUGUGAUUUUGGUUUAUCCAAGGCUGACUUGAAGGAUCGAACUAAUACGUUUUGCGGAACGACAGAGUAUUUGGCUCCAGAGCUGCUUCUUGAUGAAAGUGGCUAUACCAAGAUGGUCGAUUUUUGGUCGCUAGGUGUCCUAAUCUUCGAAAUGUGCUGUGGCUGGUCACCAUUUUUUGCUGAGGACAAUCAAAAGAUGUAUCAAAAGAUCGCCUUUGGCAAAGUCAAAUUCCCUCGGGAUGUCUUGUCACCCGAAGGUCGUUCUUUCGUGAAAGGGCUAUUGAAUCGUAACCCAAGGCAUCGUUUGGGGGCUCUGGACGAUGGAAGAGAACUUAGAGCACAUCCAUUCUUCGCAGACAUCGACUGGGAAGCUCUGCGGCUCAAAAAAAUUCCUCCUCCCUUCAAGCCACACCUAUCAGGUGAAACAGACACUUCGAAUUUUGAUCCAGAGUUUACGCAAACAUCUACUUCAUACAUGAACAGACAGACAAUGGCGGCAACCCCGCUAUCCCCCGCUAUGCAAGCCAAGUUUGCAGGCUUCACGUUUGUUGAUGAAUCUACAAUGGACGAGCUUCACAACAACAAUUAUAAUAAUCGCAAAUUUCUACAAAACUCAUACUUCAUGGAGCCCGGCUCCUUUAUUCCAGGUAAUCCCGAAUUGCCUGCCGACGAGGAUGUGAUAGACGACGACGCUGGGCAAGAUACUGAGCUAGGAGAUGGGAAACCUGCUGGUUCUCACGAGCAAGUAGAUUUCGAUGGUGACCAUCACAUGGACGACGAAUUUGUAAGUGGUCGUUUUGAAAUCUAA